ACGGUGCCGUUUUGAGUUGUCUCCAUUCUGGUCCAUCCUAGAUUUCCUAUCAAGGCGAGAACGAGCAAGUUGUUUGGAUGCCGAGAAAAUUCUAACAUACCUCAUCCAAGAACCUGUCUUUUCUCGAGAAAAAAAAUCUGGGGAUGGUCCUUCCUUUUGCUUCAACCAAACUGAUAAAUAUCCUUUGCUUGUACAGAGGUAGUUGGUUGAAGAAAUUAACUGAAUUCAGUUUAGGGUUCAAGAUUGAUGGCGCUGUCAGAAGCAUCUUUGUGUUUAAAUCAUAUGCUUUUAUCCAACUCUAGUUCAAAUUUUGGCAAACAACGAAAUUUAGGGUUAGUACAAUUCCAUCAUAGUUUAAGAACAUUGGGAAAUGGAAUAAAGAGGUGUGGAUUUAGGAGUAUCAGUUUUUGUAGUACUGAUAGAAAGAACCUAACAAAAAUAUCAUGUCUCUUGAGCUGCAAAUGCCAAAGGGCUGAUAGGGUUAGUGGAUUAACCGCAGAUGAUGGAAGACCCAGAUCACUUUCUAUAAAUGGUAAGACUAAUGUGAGUAAUGUUCAAGAGUUGAAUGAACUGUUGCAAUCCGAUGGGGAAGGGGUUGCCAGUGGUGACACAAAUGGGGUCGGGACAGUAGGUGGUAGGAAAGGGAUUGAGGAAGAAGCAUGGGAUUUGCUAAAGGAGUCUGUUGUUUAUUAUUGUGGUAACCCGAUUGGAACAAUUGCUGCAAGCGAUACGAGCAGCUCAAGCAUUCUAAACUAUGAUCAAGUCUUUAUCCGUGACUUCAUACCUUCAGGGAUAGCUUUUCUAUUGAAGGGAGAAUAUGAUAUUGUUCGGAAUUUCAUUCUGCACACUCUUCAGUUGCAGAGCUGGGAGAAAACCAUGGAUUGUCAUAGUCCUGGUCAAGGGCUGAUGCCUGCCAGUUUCAAAGUGCGUACUGUUCCACUUGAUGGUGACAAUUCUGUGACUGAAGAUGUAUUAGACCCUGAUUUUGGUGAAGCUGCAAUCGGCCGUGUUGCUCCGGUUGAUUCUGGACUAUGGUGGAUUAUACUUUUACGAGCUUAUGGAAAAUGCACCGGAGAUCUUUCAGUGCAAGAGAGGGUUGAUGUGCAAACUGGGAUUAAAAUGAUCUUAAAGCUCUGUCUCGCUGAUGGCUUUGACAUGUUUCCAACUUUGUUAGUGACAGAUGGUUCUUGCAUGAUAGAUCGUCGCAUGGGAAUUCAUGGUCAUCCUCUGGAAAUUCAGGCACUCUUUUAUUCGGCAUUACUCUGUGCACGUGAGAUGCUUGCUCCUGAAGAUGGUUCAGCUGACCUUAUAAGAGCUCUUAACAAUCGUUUAGUUGCAUUAUCAUUUCACAUCAGAGAAUAUUACUGGAUUGACAUGAAAAAGCUUAAUGAAAUUUACCGUUACAAGACAGAGGAGUAUUCAUAUGAUGCAGUUAAUAAGUUCAACAUCUACCCUGAUCAAAUCCCUUCCUGGUUAGUGGAAUUUAUGCCUUCUAGGGGAGGUUAUUUGAUUGGAAACCUGCAGCCAGCUCACAUGGAUUUCCGUUUCUUUUCACUUGGAAACUUAUGGUCUAUUGUUGGCGGCCUUGCAACGGUUGAUCAAUCACAUGCCAUAUUGGAUCUUGUUGAAGAAAAAUGGUCGGAGUUGGUGGCUGAUAUGCCAUUGAAAAUAUGUUAUCCUGCUCUUGAGGGCCAGGAAUGGCGAAUUAUCACAGGAAGUGACCCCAAGAACACUGCCUGGUCAUACCACAAUGGAGGUUCUUGGCCAACUUUGCUUUGGCAGCUCACUGUGGCAUGCAUGAAGAUGAACAGACCAGAGAUUGCUGAAAAAGCUGUAAUGCUUGCUGAGAGACGCUUAUCUAGAGACAAGUGGCCAGAAUACUAUGACACUAGAAGAGCGAGGUUUAUCGGAAAGCAGUCACGGUUGUUUCAAACAUGGUCUAUUGCUGGAUACCUUGUGGCAAAGCUUCUCCUUGCUAACCCUAGUGCAGCAAAGGUUCUUAUAACUGAGGAGGACUCUGAACUUGUAAAUGCGUUUUCUUGCAUGCUCAGCUCCAACCCAAGGAGGAAACGCGGCCGUAAAGGGUUUAAACAGCCCUUCAUCAUAUGAGCUAAGCUUAUAUUAAAGAUUCUACAAAUGUUCCCAUGAAGUAUUCAGCUUUUUGCAUGUGUUGAAAGAAAACCGAGUACGACCACAGGGUUGCUGUUUUGGCACUACCUAGCAAGCUAUGUUCAUACCUUGGAUUAUAUACUAUAUAGUCACUAUACGUAACAUAGCUGUGUUUUGGCAGUUAGGUCUGCUGUCAGCUUGUUAUAUCCGCUUUCUAGUUUAAUACAUACAGACUCCAAUUAUAUCUAUAUUGAUAUAUAUUUCCAUUGAGAAAAAAAUUAUGUA